AUGUUUCAUAAGUGUUUUCAUAAAAAUAUAAUAUUAACGAGUUUUUCUUCACGUUUUUAUUGUCAUCGUCCCAGUGACUUGUCAUAUUUAAAACCUAAUUUGGAUAGAAAACCAGAGGCAUUUCAAUUAGAACAUAUUGAAAAAAGAUUAAGUUACACGGCACCAUAUAUGUUUAAAACUAAACUUGAUUUUACAUUUUAUCAUAAAAGUGUUAUCCUAGAUGAUAAAAUAUUAAAUGUAAAAAGAUAUGGUUUACAAUCAUUUAUGUCUUAUAUUUCAAUUAUCAGUGUCAUUGGACAAGUUCUUUUUCCUCAUAUUCAUACAGAGGUCAUCAAAAUUGUUUCAAUACCAUCAGAUGGAACAGUUGAAUUGAGAUGGAGAAUUUGUUACAUAAGUUGGUUAUCAUUACUUUUUAACUACAAGUUAUUUAGAUUUGACUACAGAAUGAAAAAUUUAAAAUGGUAUGAUGGUUUGUCAGUGUUUACUGUUGAUGGAGAUGGUGCUGUUUAUAAUGUAACACUAGAAAGAAUUGAAAGGCAAAAAAAAUUUUUUGAAACACCAAUUGAAAAAUUAAAGUCAAAAAUAUGUACUAAUACUGCCUUAUGA